AUGGGAACAAAGUGAAAAGUUUUGGAUAAGCAAUUAUCUACAACACCGUUUUUUUACUUCAGAGCAGGGCACCAUUGGAAAGUUCUGCUCUUUCCCCUUCAUGCAAUGUACUUUGCAUUACUGCAACUGUGCAAGUAUCAAGCGGCAAUUGUGUGAACGAUAGCGCCGGUGGGCAGAGAGAUGAGCCCGCCACCAGAAUCAGAAACCGAGACGUUAGUGGAAGCUGCUUUAAGGGUACUUAACACGGCGGACCCAUUUGAGAAGGCCAAGUUAGGUGACUUCAUCGCUUCCCGAUGGCUGCAAGGAACCAUUUCUCAGACCUACCAUCAUUCUGUGGAUCUUCCUGUACCUGAUCGUCCCGCCAGGCUCACCAAUGUUAAGUUGCUGGCGCCAGGUUUAAUGCCAAAGCUUGGAAAAGCUGGUAGCUUGCAGAGUAGGCAGGCCAUUGUGCAUAGUCUUGUCCAUAUUGAAAGUUGGGCUAUUGACUUGUCUUGGGAUAUAAUUGCUCGUUUUGGUAAGCAAGAAUCAAUGCCAAGAGAAUUUUUUACAGACUUUGUGAAGGUUGCUCAAGAUGAGGGCAGGCACUUCACUCUCCUUGGAAAACGGCUUGAGGAAUUAGGUUCUUCUUAUGGAGCAUUACCAGCUCAUGAUGGCCUAUGGGAGUCUUCUAUUGCUACAUCUGAGGACCUAUUGGCACGUUUAGCAAUAGAACAUUGUGUUCAUGAGGCGAGGGGAAUUGAUGUGCUGCCUACUACUAUUUCUCGGUUUCGCAAUGGAGGUGACAAGGAAACAGCUGAUUUACUGGAGAAAGUAAUUUACCCUGAAGAGAUUACUCAUUGUGCUGCUGGAGUCAAGUGGUUUAAAUAUCUAUGUUUGAGGUCUAAAAAUCCAGCUAUUGGUGACAGCUUAGCAUCUCAAGGCAGCUCGGAUAGACAAAGUGGAAUCACAGUAGAGGAGAAUGAAGAGAUUAUCAAGAAGUUUCAUGCUAUAGUGAGAACACACUUCAGAGGACCCUUAAAGCCGCCCUUUAACGAGGAAGCAAGGAAGGCUGCAGGAUUUGGCCCUCAAUGGUAUGAACCACUAGCUGUCAAAGACAUCAACCCACGGAUUAAAUGUGGAUGGAUUUAAUCAAACACAAGCUAAAUUGAAACCAAGCCAGUGUUACUGUCUGAUGAUGUAUCGCACCUGCUUUCUAAGUAAUCCCCCAAAAGCAAAAAGGAUUUUUGAGCCAGUGGCCUGGUAAUGAUUUGGUUUAAGUAUUAAAGCAAUCAGCAAACACAUCACAGAACGAAGAC